AUGCACAUCGUCAAGGGCAUCUCCAAACGCCUGCCCUCGUCCGAGAACCUGCCGACCCUCAAGUCGCUGCACAUGACAUCGCUUAAGGAUGUGUCAGAAAAGGUCACUCCACGCUUGUCGUUCUUCAAGAAGCGAAUACGCAUCCGCGGCAACAGCAAAGUCUCCGUGCCGCUGUAUUUGGUCCUCCUGUUUCCCGCCAUGGUUGUCAUUGCUAUUUUGACCCUCUUCCUGCGCCAUCCAGACUCGCCCGGCGCACGAUUAAUCCCCUCAGGCUCGCCUCCGAGCAUACGCAAGAUCAGCGAGAAGCACGAUAAGGUCUUCGUCACGGGAUGCUUGGAUCCCGAGAUCACGUCCAAGGAGCAUGAGCGCAUGAAUGCCGCUUUUGUGGUGCUUGCGCGGAAUAAGGAGCUGGACGGGGUCAUUGAGAGUAUCAAGAGCGUGGAGAGGCAUUUCAAUCGCUGGUUUCACUAUCCAUACGUCUUCCUGAAUGACGGAGACUUCAACAGCACAUUCAAGGAGACAAUCUUGAACUACACGUCUUCGCCUGUCGAGUUCGGCAAGAUUGGACCUGAGCACUGGGGCUUCCCCAACUGGACCGAUGUGAACGUCGCCAAGGAGGGCAUCCGGAAGCAGGGUGACCAGGCCAUCAUGUACGGUGGCAUGGAGUCCUACCACCACAUGUGUCGCUUCUACUCCGGCUUCUUCUACAAACAUGAGCUGCUUCUGAAGUACGACUGGUACUGGCGAGUCGAGCCAGAGAUCAAGUACUUCUGCGACAUGACUUACGACCCAUUCGUGCACAUGGCUCGCAAUAACAAGACAUACGGCUUCACCAUCGCAGUCAAGGAGCUGAAAGAGACCGUGCCCAACAUCUUCCGAUACGCCUCCGCAUACAAGCGCACACGCAAUAUCACCAGUCAAGGCCUCUGGGAAAUGUUUGUUGAGCCGAAGGAGGGCUACAACCAAGAUGGCACGCCGAAGCCGGGCACCAUUCCGCCGGAUCAGCUGCCUAAAGAAGAUCCCAAAUACGAAGACGGUAAGCACAAGCCACUUGCAGAGGAUAUUCUACGAACUGAACCUGGCCAAGGCACCCUUCCCGAAAUCGACCCUGAAGCCAUGGAAGGAGAAGUCUACAACAUGUGCCAUUUCUGGUCCAACUUCGAAAUUGCAAGACUGGACUUCUUCCGAAGCAAAGAGUAUGAAGACUUCUUCAAUAUGAUGGAUCGAUCAGGUGGCUUUUGGAUGGAACGAUGGGGUGAUGCACCUAUCCAUUCACUAGCCGCCGGCGCCCUCCUCUCGCCCAAAGACAUCCACUACUUCCGCGAUUAUGGUUACAGACACACCACGAUCCAGCAUUGUCCAGCAAAUGCACCGGCGCGGCAGAUGCCGCGAGAUCCAUACCUCGAAACAACAACCACAGACGAAAAAGCUCGAAGAGAAGAGGAUGAAUACUGGGACAAAUGGGAUCCGGAAAAGGAAAAUGGCGUUGGAUGCAGAUGUCGCUGUGACACUGACAUCGUCGAUGUGGAGGGCAAGGAGGGAAGUUGCAUACCACAAUGGGUCGACAUUGCCGGCGGUUUCAUCACUCCAUCCGGGCCUGGCUGA